AUGCUAGAAAGAAGUAAAAAUGUUUUCCGACACAGCAGAAACAGAGACUAUGCAGUUGCUGAUCGUUUGGUGGAGGAUUUCGACAUAUUGGCUUGCGAUAUCCUCCCUCCAAAAAGCAAAUGGAGAACACCUGUACUAGAAUUUGACUAUCUCAUCUGUGGAGACUGUGGCAAAGAAUUCAUGGAUUCCUACCUUAUGCAGCACUUUGAUUGGGCAACAUGUGAUAAUUGCAGAGAUGCUGAAGAUAAACAUAAGCUUAUAACAAGGACAGAAGCAAAAGAAGAGUAUCUUCUUAAAGACUGUGACUUAGACAAGAGGGAACCAGUGCUCAGAUUCAUUGUGAAGAAAAACCCGCAUAAUUCACGGUGGGGUGACAUGAAACUUUAUUUAAAACUACAGGUAAUCAAGCGUUCUCUUGAAGUCUGGGGUAGUGAAGAAUCAUUGCAAGAAGCAAAGGAACUCCGCCGUGACAGCAGAGAGAAGAUGAAACAGAAGAAGUUUGAUAAGAAGGUUAAAGAACUCCGCCGUGCCGUGAGGAGUAGUUUGUGGAAGAAAGAAGCUAGUAUCCAUGAACAUGAGUAUGGACCAGAAGAAAACAUUGAUGAAGAUACAUAUAAAAAGACCUGUACUGUAUGUGGCCAUGAAUUAACUUAUGAGAAGAUGUAGUGUUAAUCUGUUGGUUUUUUUUUUAAAUUAUCUUUUUAAUGGUAUUUUGUAUUAAAGUCAAAUAAAAGCUAAUUAUGAACAA